AUGGAUGAGGAACGCCAAAAGAACCUGGACAAAAUUUACAAUUGCACUGAUAUAGAGUGUGUUGCUAUGCUUCGCAUGAGAAAAGCACCUUUUUUUGCACUGUGCAACUUGCUUAGGGAAAGGCAGUUGCUGUCAGAUAGCCUUCAUAGUUGUGUUGAAGAGCAGCUAGCAAUGUUUCUACACAUUGUUGGCCACAACCAACGCUUUAGAGUUAUUCACCAACAUUGGAGAAGGUCAAUAGAAACAGUGCAUAGAUAUUUCAAGGAGGUCUUGUAUGCUAUUGGGGAACUUAGGCAAGAAAUGAUUAGAGCUCCAUCUAAUGAGACACCAGUUAAGAUAAGCAAUAGCCCAAGAUGGUACCCAUAUUUCAAGGACUGUGUUGGGGCAAUAGAUGGGACUCAUGUAUAUGCUAGAGUGCCAGCAAAGAUCCAAGCAGCAUUUAGGGGAAGGAAGCACUACCCCACACAAAAUGUUCUUGCAACUGUUGACUUUGAUCUGAAAUUUACUUAUGUCUUAGCUGGUUGGGAAGGGUCUGCUCAUGAUGCUACUGUUCUUGCUGAUGCACUAGAGAGGGAGGAUGGGUUAAGGGUUCCACCAGGAAAAUUCUACUUAGUAGAUGCUGGAUAUGCUUGUCGUCCUGGAUUCCUUCCUCCUUACCGUGGUACUAGGUACCAUCUGAAAGAGUAUGGUGCUAGGAACUACCCAACCAACCCAAGGGAGUUGUUUAAUUUGAGGCAUUCAAGUCUGAGAGUAUCUGUUGAAAGGGCUUUUGGUGCUUUGAAGAACUGUUUUCGCAUCAUUGAUAAUAAACCAUUUCAUCCCUACAAGACACAAGUCAAGUUAGUACUUGCUUGCUGCAUAUUGCAUAAUUGGAUACUUGGGCAUGGGGUUGAUGAGGUAGUUCCUACUGAGUUCUCAUGGGUGCCCAACAAUAAUGAUAGUCCUGGACAUGGGGUCCAGAUGGAUGACAAUGCUGUUUGGGCUCAAAGAAUGGCUGAGGAGAUGAAUGCUGAGAUCCUUGCUGCUGAUGAGCUUGUGUUCCCUGGUGGGGCUGUUGGGGCUGAUGGGGAUGAUGGCCCUGUUGGGGCUGUUGGGGUUCCUCCUGGUUUCAAAGAAGUCCACCUCAAUCGGGUUGCCAAGGCUCUGCAUGAGUUCAGUGGCAAUGAAGUUACUAGCACACAGGUGUAUAACCACUUGAGGAAGUGGAGGCAGAGGUGGGUUAAAAUCUCAAAGCUGAGAGAGCUGAGUGGAGCCUUGUGGAAUGGGGACAGCUCAAUGAUUGUCCUUGAGGAGGAGCACUACAAUGGCCACAUCAAGGCACAUCCCAAAGAUGCUGAGUACCUCAACAAGCCAAUUGUGUACUACCAGGAGAUGAUGGUCAUCUUUGGUAAUGGUCAGGCAACAGGUAAGUAUGCUAUGGGGUCAAAUGAGGCUCUUGGUAGUCCUUCUGAGUUUGCCUACAGCCCAAUGAAGCAUGACCUGCCUGAGGAGCUUACUCCUGGAAAGCCUGAGGCAGCUUUUGUGUCCAAGUCAGAACCACCUGUUGGAAGCAAGAGAAAGAGGUCCAUGCUGUCAGAUGAUGAUGUCCUUGUGUUCACUGGCAUGACUGAUGCAGUGAACAAUGUUGCAGAUGCUAUACGUUCUACCAAGGUUGAGGAUUCCCACCCUGACUUGUAUGGUGCACUGAUGUACAUGCCAGGGUUCAGUGAGGAAGCUCUAAUGCUUGCAUAUGGUCACCUGCUUAACAAUAAGGCCCAGGGAUCUGCUUUUUUGCAGAUGUCUCACUCACACCGUGUUCUUUGGCUGAGUACCUACUUGGCCAAGAACAACUACAUGUGA